CUGCUGAUCUACGUGCCCUACCCCCCUCAAGCCGAGCGGGGCGGUUGGGCGGUAUGGAGGCGCCGCCGGUCACCAUGAUGCCCGUCACGGGCGGCACCAUCAACAUGAUGGAGUACCUGCUCCAAGGGAGCGUUCUGGAUCAAAGCCUGGAGAGUCUCCUUCAUCGGCUACGGGGCCUGUGUGACAAUAUGGAACCGGAGACGUUCCUCGAUCACGAGAUGGUAUUCCUUCUCAAGGGGCAGCAGGCCAGCCCAUUUGUGCUGAGGGCACGGCGCUCGAUGGACAAAACAGGCAUGCCCUGGCACUUGCGCUACCUGGGGCAGCCAGAAAUAGGAGACAAAAACCGCCAUGCUCUGGUCCGUAACUGCGUAGACAUUGCCACCUCGGAGAACCUGACUGACUUCCUGGUGGAGAUGGGCUUCCGUAUGGACCAUGAAUUUGUUGCCAAGGGCCAUGUGUUCCGCAAGGGCAUCAUGAAGAUUGUGGUAUACAAGAUCUUUCGCAUCCUGAUGCCAGGAAACACUGAAAGUAUAGAGCCCUUGUCUCUCUCAUACCUUGUAGAGCUGAGUGUAGUGGCACCAGCAGGUCAGGACAUGGUUUCUGAUGAUAUGAGGAACUUUGCUGAGCAGCUGAAACCAUUAGUGCACUUAGAGAAAAUUGACCCAAAAAGGUUAAUGUGAAUAAAAAGCAGUCAUGGGUGUUGCAGACCACUUUGGUUAAGAGUCAUAAUGACCUGCCUCAUUAAACUAUUCUUACAAAAUGCUUCUUGCAAGAUUAAAGCUGGGGGACAGGAAUUCUUUGGUAUUUAGUUUUGUCACUGUGAUAAUUGACAGUUUGGGGUAACCUGUUAUAGGGUAGCUGUGAAUAAACGAUGUUUGAAAGCAACUUAAAAGCAAUUCUGUCAAAUGAAAUUCUAAGCAGCGUGAGGAAAGACAUUUAACAUAUUAGCAUUCCUGCCCCUCCAGAGUGUGUACGUGUACACGCACACGCUAUUACUAGAACAGGGAGCAUACAAUUCCAAAUUUGAAAACAUUUAACUUAUGUAAUACUGCUUCCCCAGUAGCAUAUGUUUGCAUACCUUUUCAACAGUUGUACUUUUGUUGCUCUUGAAUGCUGUAAUAUUCAGGUUCCAGGUUUUAAAACAAUGUUCUCAAGGUAUUAAAAAAAAAAAAAGAUUCCAUCCUUACAUCUGGGGUUUUGCAAAAGCUUUUUGGAGGGGUGGGGGGGAGGAAUCAGGACUUUUAGCCCCAAGUGUACUUCAUAAUACUUUUACAUCUGCGAUUAGGAAUACAGUCAAACACCUCAGUCUGAUUGUUUCAUGAAAGUCAAGCAUCUCAAUGCCCAACUGUUGCACAUGUUGCAGUGAAUACAAUGGAUGGGGGUUGGGUAUUUAUAGUAUUAGAGCAAUUUAUAAAACUAAGAUUAGAUGAUUUAUUAUAAGAGUACUGCAGGAGUGCUUAUUUUGAUUGUAAUUGGUUUCCUAUUUUCUCUUUCAGUAUUUAUAAAUCAGACCCUAUCCUACAACUCCAUGGGGUUUGUAUUUAGUAUAAAAUAUUUAAUUUUAGCAAUGAAAACUCUCAAAUGCGCACACUCUACCACAAGGGCUAUUUUUCAUUAAAAACCUAGGCAUUAAAUCUAAUGUGCCUAAGGCUUCUGACCUGUUAUUUUUGCAUCACUACAAAGUUUGUAAUGCUACAAAACAGAUCACUGUGGGGUGUACACGUCUACACAGGCCCCUGGCUGGAGCAUGACAAAGUCACCACAAAGGCUUGUUCUCCAGCCAGGGGAAAAUAGGGGGCUGCUCCUUAAGCCUCCAUCUCCACAAAGAAGGCCCAUCAGUGAGCAAGACAGGCUUGCCUGAUUAGCCAUUCCCAUCUUAGCAACAGAUGGGAAGCCAUCUAUGGUGACAAGGGCUGAUUGGGCAGUCUCUGCCCCCUGAUCAGCCUUUGCCCCUACUUCAGCUGUUGGCAGCUGUUGCCAUCAUUUCAACAGAUGAUGCUCUGGUCUUAAGCCACCCACGGCAGUAAGAGCUGAUCAGGCAGUAGCGACUCCUGCUGUCACUGUUGCCCCUGCUAGUACCCUGGCUCUUCCCCUGGGCUCUAGCAGUAGCAGCAGUUGUUUGAGCAGCAGUGGGGAUGUCAUAGGAACGCCUGACAGUUGUGGUGGUAGUAGUAGGGUCCCUGCAGGCGUCCCCCAAGUUUGCCAUCUGGGCAAGCAAUUUAGGGAGGCAGUCAUUCUUUUUGCUUCCCCCUUGUAGGGGUGAGGUGGGAAGGGCAAGCAAUGCUCAGUGGAAUACCAUGCAUGCUUCAGACCUGUAUAUCAAGUGUCACAUAAAAAAAAAAAAAAAAGUUUCCCCACAACACAAGUGGCUGUUGGAAGCAGCAAUUUUGUUGUAGAUCCACCGUUUUUAAUGCAACAAACUGAACGUGCACAUUUCCUUUCUCUCACUAAAACAGUGUGUAUAACAAAAAAUGUGUAGUGCAAAGGCCUAACUGGAUGAGUCAAGGCAUGAUAGAUUGGGAAACCUACUACUAUGCAAUCAAAGUGCUUUUGCAAACAGAGAGUGUAAUUUCAUUUGCUAUGAAACUCUUCUAUAACUUACCAUCACAUACCUAUUUAGGCAACAGAAAAGGACAGCUCCUUAAUGAAGGGUAUUGUAAAUGCCCAUAAAAUGACAAGGAAAUUUAAGUGAACAGUAGAAUUGUGAAUUUUCCAAGUUAAUCAGUGUAAAUGAUUAUUGUCAUCAACUAUGCAACAUGACACAGUAUAUGGAAUACAAUGCCCUCAGCAUUCCAUGGAUGCUGAAUUUAUGUAAAAAUAAGUAGAUACUUGAGCAAUUCAUGAAGAUUUAACUUGUGGCCAGCUAGUGAACUGGGAGUGUUAUUAUGACAGUAAAUACACACAAUCCUCAAAACUUGAAAGUAUAUUUCAUAAUGCAGGUGGCAGCAUGUAUGUACCCAGAAUACCAGUACAUCUUGCAUGUUUCUACUUAAUUCCUAGAACAUAAUGCCCUUCUUUAAGGGACAAAACAGGCCUGCGGCAUCCUUUGUUUCUCAAGAUAUACCAGUUUGCUCAUGUAAAAUUAAGCACCAUUUUGAUCCUCAUUCUCAUCAGCAUGUUUGAUUUGGAAAUACAGGUGUGUAUUUUUGUAGUACUGGACACAACAGGAAACCUAUUGAACACAAUGGGAAGACUGGUAAAACAGUAUAUAGUUUGAAAAAAGGUGUUUGGGACUAGCCUUCCUGUCAGAACAUGUUCUAUUGUGGGUUAUGUCUUAAAUUACUUUUGAGAGGAAUAGUAUUAAGAGCUUUUGUACUUUUUCAUACCAUGUUUAAUCACUCAUCUGCUGUAUUAAGACAAUCUCCAUGAUUCACAAAAUGAUAAUAUUAAAUGAUCUGUUAAGUGCUAGCUAGUAUUGAGGAAAGUUUUAGUGGUGCACCUAACCUGGUACUUCUCCAACUUAUUUUUAUGGCAGGUCUCUUAUUAAACACAGAUCCUAUGUUGAACACUUCUCCCAGUUCUGAUUCAGACCUUUCUGAGGAAACUUGCAGUGCUUGGUUAUACAAAAAGAUACCAUUAGGAUGUUACCAAGAAAACAAGCUUAAUGAUCUAUGGUGAUGGGUUGAGUUGCUUGGACACACUGUUCCUAUUGUUUAAAGCUAUUGUUUACUGCAUUGGGGAGAACCGCCCAGGGAAGUGUUUAUAUUUGACAUUUAUUUUUAUUCAAGUUCUAAAAUACACAUUGUGAAGAUUUUCAUUCCACAAAGAUUCUAAUUUUUUGGUUCCAAUUCAUAAUGGAAACCAAAUUUUAAACAGCUAAGGUUCCUGCAGUGUGAAUAUUCACUUUUCAAAAUAGCUGUAUGCCCCCUUGGUGGGGAUUUCAAAUGAAUGGAUCAUAACAUGCUGUAGCAGAGAUCUACUCUCAUAAAAUAAACAUGCUUUAAAAUCAA